AUGACGUUGGAGUUUGAGGGUGGAGAUCGGUUGUUACCCAGGUUCAGCAUCACUGCACCCACCUUUAAGCAGUUGUGUGAACCAUGGGAGCAGUGUCUAGUGAUCAAGUUGUUAGGAAGAGAUGUGGGGUUCUUAACCUCGCGGGACAGGCUGCCUGCCUUGUGGAAGGUUCAAGGAGGGUUUGAGUUGCUGGACGUGUCGAAUGGAUACUUCAUGGUGAAGUUUGAUUUGGAGGCGGAUAGAGAGUGGGUCAUGCAAGGGGUCCCUUGGAUGCUCUUUGACCACUACCUGAUUGUUAGGCCCUGGUCCCCAGAGUUCGUAGCUUCAGCAACGAAGGUCGACAGUACCCUCGUUUGGAUCAGGUUUCCAGGACUUGGAGUUAUGUUCUAUGAUGAGAGUGUUCUACUAACAAUUGCAUCAGCCAUAGGGAAACCAAUCAAGGUGGACCUUAAUACUCUGAACAUGACAUGGGGCAGGUUUGCACGAGUCUGUGUAGAGAUAAAUCUGAAUGAACCACUUGUAGGAAGAUUUUUCCUCAAUGACAUUUGGUACAACGUUGAGUACGAGGGCUUGCAUCUGUUGUGCUCGUCGUGUGGCUGUUAUGGGCAUGUUAUGAGGAAUUGUCCAACUUCAGCUAGGCACGAGUCAACGGAGAAGGGUGUAGGAGAGAAGGAGGCUAUGGAGACGCUGUCAGGGGAAACCAAGCAUGGUGCAGAUUCUGUUGCUCAAACAGGGGAGCAAUCAGCUCUGCAUGCUAGGGAGGAAAUCACGCCAGAUCUGCAUGGGGAAUGGCUGAUCGUGAAGCGGAAAAAUCAGAAAUAG